UCUUAUGCAUAAUGCGAUCUUUACCCACAGGGAGAUUUUGAUUUGUUUAUGAAUUUGACAUUGGUUGAUUCAUACUAUAGUUUGUGUUUAUUUCAAAGCGUUAAUGCCUAUUCUUGGUUAUUGCAGCUACUGUUUCAUCUGUUUUAAAUAAUGAAUCUUCUCAUAUUCCAUUUUUAAAUGGAGAUAAUUUUUCGGACUGGAAAGACAAAAUUCUCUUGACAUUAGGGUGCACAGACCUAGACUUUGCAUUACGUGUGGAUGAACCACCCGUGCCCACUGAAACAAGUUCGUUAGUAGAAAAAACUACAUAUGAAAAGUGGGAGCGGUCAAACCGAUUAAGUCUAAUGCUCAUUAAGUCACAUAUUAGUAAGAGCAUUAGAGGUUCAAUUCCUCCAUGUGAUAAGGUAAAGGACUACUUAAAGGCCAUUGAAGAACAAUUUGUUAGUUCUGAUAAGGCAUUAGCUAGCACUCUAAUGAACAAGUUGUCAAUUAUGAAACAUGACAAAUCUAGGAGUGUGCGUGAGCACAUAAUGGAGAUGAGGGACAUUGCUGCACAACUUAAGUCCUUAGAAAUUGAGAUUUCAGAGUCAUUCCUUGUCCAUUUCAUACUCAAUUCUCUCCCUGUUGAAUAUGGACCAUUUAAGAUUUCUUACAACACACAUAAGGAAAAGUGGUCCAUUAAUGAACUUCUAACAAUGUGUGUACAAGAAGAGGAGAGGUUGAAACAUGAAAAUUUGGAGAGUGCACAUUUUGUGACUCAUAAAAAGGGCAAAGGGAAAAAGGGCAAAGGUGCUGAAAUUAAAUGGAAGAAGGAUGGGCAAGCAUCAUUCAAGCCUUAUGGAAAUAAAGAUGCAUGUUUCUUCUGUAAGAAAAAGGGGCACAAAAAGAAGGAUUGCCUAAAAUACAAAAAAUGGCUCGAGAAAAAAGGGAUUUCUCAGCCUAAGGAAACCGAUGGGAAGUGAACAAGGCAUCUAUUCAGGAAAUGGGAUGCGUUCGCAUGUCGAGGCUGUAGGAACCUUUAGACUUGUUUUAGAAAAUGGAUAUAUUUUAGACC